AUGCUGGUAGUGCAUUUGGUGGAUGUAUCCGUGGUGGAGCAUGUCGAAGGGGAUGCGUGUCGUUUCGGUCUUCGUAUCGGGACGGUUGCUAGCAACGAAAAUCGCAUUGAUUUGAGGAGUGCUCCACAACCAAAGGAGGAAGUCAAGAUAAUGUGGAUAAAGCGAAUUCGCGAACUUACUCAAGCAUUGCUACCACUGAAUCUUGGAGUAGGUUUGGAGGGCGUACCACCUUCGGGUACCUCAUCAUCUGCACCUUCCGUAUCAGCACGAUCAUCAAAGGAUUCCGUGGACAAUGAAGAGACAUCAUCGCUUGAGUCCCAGCGAUUAUCCAUGCAAAGCGUUGACAGCAACCAGGUUCGUUGUGAAUUUGAAUAGCA